UUUAACAGACUUUUACUCUAUCGAAAAAGCUAUCCUCUGUAGCAAAAAGAAAUAUGCUAUUUUAUAAAAGAAUACAUCAAUACUUAUUAAUAGCUUUACUGCUUUGUGUUGUCUAUGUUAAAAACGAGGAGCAAGAGAAAAGUCAUUCAAACUCAGUGGCAGGCAUGGAGAAGUUAUUGGAGCUGGAAUCUCAGUUCAUUGAAGGUUUCAAUAACUACGCGAAUGAAAUGCAGGCAAAGUUGAGUUUAGUGCGCAGUUUUGUGACAGCAAUGCAAACAGAACAAGCAAAAGCUGCACAAAAUAGAGAGCAUUAUUUAUCCAACCCAUUAAAUGCUUUCGCUUUGAUAAGACGCAUGCAUCGAGAUUGGAUUGAGUGGAAGAAUUUUAUAGAAGAACCCAUGGGCUGGGCGCAAGCAGACUUAAUUAAUGAGCACAAAGAUCAGCUGCCAAGUAAAACUGAUCUAGAGGAUGCUUGUGUGGCCAUGAAGCGUCUAAAAGAUGUCUACAAUUUAAAGACAAGAGAUAUGGCUAACGGACUUCUCAAUGACAUACAGUACAAUGUCAGCCUAAAUGCUUUGGACACCUAUGAGCUGGGUUCAUAUUUUCAUAAUCACCAAGAUACUCAGCUUGCCAGAGAAUGGUUUAGCGAGUGCAGCAACAUGCUACUAGAUGGAGAAAUCUUGCAUCCCAUUACAUUGGAUCAAUCGAACAUGUUGUUUAUAUUUGCCAGUACGCUAGUCAAAAUGAAGUAUUAUUCUGUUGCUCGUCCUCUAAUCGAGCUGGCCAUGAAGUUGGCGAAUGAGAAGAACACCCAGAAAAUCUUAAAUUUGCGUGGGGAGAUUGAAAGACUCAGUCCCAAUGAGACUUUUGCUGAAGUGAUUGCUGAAAAUUCAACAAGUCUGUAUCAAAAAGGUUGUCGAGGUCAAUUUGCAACACAAUCAAAGCUCUAUUGCCAAUACAAGUUCAGUCCCGCCCCAUUUCUUCGCCUGGCUCCACUCAAAAUGGAGCUGAGCCACUUGGAUCCUCUCAUUAUUGUUUACUAUGAUGUGUUAUCUGCUGCUGAGAUCAAACAGCUUCAAUGUUAUGCGCGUCCGCUACUAGACAUCGCCAAAGUCUAUGAAGAUGGCAAGAAUGUCUUUCAGCCAGUGCGCACCUCAAAGGGAACAUGGCUGGAUAGGAAUUAUAGCAACUGGUCAAGAACAAUUGGCAGACGCAUUGAAGACAUGACGGACUUGACUUUAAAUGACUCAGCUGAAAUGCAAAUACUCAACUAUGGCCUGGGAGGUCAUUAUGCUGCACACUACGAUUACUUUGAUUUUGUAAAGGAAAAUAAGCCAAUUAAUGAGAUUAAUGAUCGCAUUGCAACAGUUCUUUUCUACCUUACUCAAGUGGAUCAGGGAGGCGCCACAGUAUUUCCUAGGCUGCAACAAUCCUUUAGUCCUCAGCCUGGCAUGGCAGUCUUCUGGCUGAAUUUACACGAUGAUGGAACUCCAAACAAUCAAACUUUGCAUGGCGCGUGUCCUGUUUUGGUGGGCAGCAAAUGGGUAAUGACUCAAUGGAUAGAGGAACGUUCACAGAUCUAUACAAGACCAUGUCUAAAGCGCUGAUCAUCAAUAUUAAUUGAAAACAAAUAACAGUAGUUGGAGUGAUGUUAACUAUUCAAUUAUGCAGACAACUCUUGAACUCUCAAUAAACAAGUCGAUUAGUUUGAAAUUGACACAACCCUUA